UUUUUUUUUUGUCACCCCGUGAGGUGGGGAGCAGGGUCGAGGACUUAAAAAGCGUGUUUGAACAUACUGCAUGUAAUUGUGUGGUAAAGAUGUCGGAGUACACGCUGUCUGUGACAACAGGUUCCAUGCUGCACGCGGGCACGUUUGACAACCUUUAUGUAACUCUGGUGGGCACUGAGGGCCAGUCCGGGCGCACACAGCUAACUGGUGCUGGGCUGGGAAAUGACACCGGAAAGGUGGCGUCGUUCUCAGUCAAUACCGUUUUUACUAUAGGCUGCCUCCUUCUCCUCCAAGUGGAGAAGGAUCCGUUCCAUGAGUACAAAGAUGAGGACUGGUUUUGCUCCAGCAUUCUAGUAAGGACGCCGGAGAAGGAUGAGGUUUUCUUCCCUUGCUACCAAUGGCUGUCCAGGGGUGAACUUGUAGUGUUGAGAGGAGGCAGAGCUACAAAAGCAUUUGAAGACAUGCAUCCACGACUUGAAAACCAACGGAAACAGGAAUUGGUCCAACAGAAACUAACAUACAAAUGGGACAAAUACGCUGAAGGAAUGGCUUACGUUUUAAGCAUCAAAGCUCUAAGAAGGAUUCCAACAGAAGCCAGCUUCUCAUUCUCAAAGGCUGCUCAGUUUGCGUACAGACGGAACUAUGCGUACGAUGAGCUGGCGGAGAAAGGCUUACGGUAUUCAACGGAGCACUGGAAAAGCUUCGAGGCCAUGAAGAACGUCUCCUGGUUCACAAGGUCCCCCCACUUAGAUAUGGUGUCACAGCUGUGGAAGAACGAUGAUUUUUUCGCAUACCAGUUCCUUAAUGGCGUCAACCCCUACGUGAUUCGACGCUGCUCCAAGCUGCCGUCUAACUUCCCGGUCUCUGAGGACUUGGUGGCGCCAUUUUUGGACAGUGGAACCACUCUGGAGAAAGAGAUGGAGAAGGGAAAUGUCUUCAUUGUGGACUACAAAAUCAUGGAGGCUCUGCCAACAACAAUCAUGGCUGGUAAACCUGUUCCUUUGACAGCUGCCCUGUGCCUGCUUUACUUGACUCCUACCAAGAAACUGAUGCCCAUUGCAAUUCAGCUCGGCCAGACACCCUCGAAGGACAAUCUUAUUUUCCUUCCCAGUGAUUCUGAGGUGGACUGGCUGCUGGCCAAGCUGUACGUGAGGCACGUCGACACGCUCCAUGGCGAGUUUGUCAGCCAUUUGCACAACACUCAUUUAACAGCGGAGGUUUUUGCCAUGGCGACCCUUCGCAACCUGCCGAAGAUUCACCCUCUGUACAAGCUGCUGAUACCCCACCACCGAGGUACGCUUUAUGUCAACACAAUGGCCCGUGCUACUCUUUAUGGUCCUGGGAGAAACCUUGAUAAUACUUCGCUUUCCGCAGAAGGACAGCUGGUGCUGUUCAGAAGGACCCUGGCCCAGUUGACCUACGAUUCACUUUGCCCUCAUGAAGAAAUUGCUGCCAGAGGCCUGGAGUCUGUUCCUAACUUCUAUUACAGAGAUGACUCUUUCAGGCUGUGGAAUGUCAUCAACAGAUUUGUCAAAGCAGUGGUGUCAUAUUAUUACCCGUCUGAUGGCGAAGUGUUGGCAGAUUUAGAGCUCCAGGAAUGGGUCAAUGAAAUCUUCAACUAUGGAUUUCUGGGGAAGGUUUCUUCAGGUUUUCCUUCAAGCUUACAAACUGUGGAGGAGCUUAUUAAAUUUGUCACCAUGGUGAUUUUUACCGCAGCGCCUCGACAUGCUUCAGUCAACAUGGGCCAGAUGGAUUUUCUGGCUUGGAUCCCUAAUGGUCCACUGUUGCUGCAUCGAGCGCCACCCAGCGUCAAGGGAAACGCUACCAUGGACGACUUGUUGAGGACUCUGCCCAAUAAAUCAAUCGGAACCCUGGCUAUGUCUCUUGCCUGGUUCCUUGGCAAGAAGUAUGAGGACUUUGUUCCUUUAGGCCAGUAUCCAAAACAUUUUAGUGAGCCCGCAACUUUAAGGAUGAUUGAGGAUUUUCAAGCAGAGCUGUCCGCAAUCAGUGAGACCAUCAGAGCGAGGAACAAAGAACUUGAGCUGCCCUAUCACUACUUGAACCCCAAGGAAAUUGAAAACAGUGUGACUAUAUAAAAUGUUUUAUUGUUAAAUAAAAAAUAAAAAAAAUCA